CUACUUUUAUCAGAAAAGAAUGACCUGAACGAAACCAUUGCGGCUAUUACUGAUAAACUAGCCUUGAUUGACGUCUCAGAGACAACGAACCUUCAAGAAUCAGUAAAUGGUUUAAUAGAAAAAGUAAAGCAACUGAGCAUUCAGUCUUAUGUUUGAUCCUUCCCCAAGGAAAAAAGGAAAACACAAGUAAUAAAUUUCCCUUUUUUUUGCCUUUUUUAUUUACUAAAUGACAAAGUCGUUUUCUGUGUUAUCGCUUAACUGUUGGGGUCUUUAUAUUGUAUCAAAGCAACGUCAAUUAAGACUACGUGCCAUUGCUCAUGCUAUAGAUGAAGGAGAUUAUGACGUGAUUGCAUUACAAGAAGUGUGGAUGUUGCAAGAUUAUGAAUACAUAAAACAGACUGUGUCUCCCAAGAUCAAAUAUGCAGAGUAUUUCUACAGUGGCGCGCUUGGUAGUGGGCUAGCCAUAUUCUCACGCUAUCCGAUCCUUUCUUCCACUUUUACAAGAUUUGCUUUGGCUGGUAGACCAUUGCGUGUAUUGGAAGGUGAUUACUAUGUCGGAAAGGGCUGUGCUUCUGUUUGUGUGAGAGUACCAGAGAUAGGUCUAGUUGAUGUCUACACUACACAUUUACAAGCAGCAUAUGGCGAUAAAGAUGAUUAUGAGGCCCAACGGAUAACUGAAUGCUGGCAGAUUGCAAAUGCAGUGAGAGCCUCCGUAGCUCAAAACCGACAUGUUAUCCUGACUGGCGACUUCAACAGUAUACCAUCCAGUCUUUGUUACAAGAUUAUCAAACUACACGGUUUAAUGACAGAUUCAUGGAUGCAGCUGCAUGAAGACACCUUAAAGGAUGCACAGGUUCGGUUUGAGAGACAUGAAUUGAGUGCUUCCGAAUGUAUUCAGCAUUUUGGUAUCACUUGUGAUUCGCCCCUGAAUACAUGGACAAAGCGUGUGUUGAAACAACAUCCUUUUGCAAAAGACAUUGGAGAUAGGCUAGAUUAUAUAUUUUAUAGUGCAUCGUCUCACUUGCAGUGCAUACAAUCAAAGGUGGUCAUGGAAGGAUAUAUACCCAACACUCAAUGGAGUUUCUCUGACCAUUUUGCUGUACACUCGCUAUUCACUAUCAACAAUACCAACCAGGAUCAUAGUCCUUUCAAUACUGGUCAAGGUCAUACCUUACCUAAUUAUACUUGUCUCAUGCCAUCUACCUUUCAUGACAUUUUGGAUGUCAUACAGUUUGAUAUCACAAGAUCAGCACGGUCCUCUAAAAGACUACUUGUCUUUCUUGGAUUCUGUCUUAUUGCUGUCUUAGCACUCUUUAUAGUUCAAGUGGUCUUAUCGAGUACAUAUUCAACAACAGAUAGAGCGAACUUUAUCAUAAGCUCGAUCAUUAUAUAUCUGUUCAUCUUUUUGUUUUCAAUAGUUGGAACUAUUGCACUUAUCGUUGGCUUCGUAUUUGGAAAGACAGAACAGAGGUCCCUCAUGCAGUACGCAAGAGAUAUUUCAAAUUGUUUGAGACAUGUAGAAACAUAAUAAACCUCUUU